UUUUAAAAAUUAUUUUUAGAAUACCCAGUGGUAUUACUUUGAUAUAAUAAUUUUUUUUUUCUUUGAAUAUUUGAAAAAGUUCCGCUCCUAUGAGUACAUUCUGUCCUUUGAUUAUUUCAGUAAACUCCAGUUAUUUCCAUGUCACACAUUGCAGUCUAUCCUUUGAUUAUUUAAGUAAACUCCAAUUCAUGUCACACAUUACAUUUUGGAACAUCGUAACAGGUUACCAAAUGAUGCACGCAUCCUUCCAACGAUUGGUAAUGGUCACAUAGCUACAGUGGUUAAAACAGACACGAUGUGCAUGAAUGGCCUUUACAACGGUUACGCCAUCAAAACUCACAGAGCACAACUACCAGCCAUAUUGAUUAGAAAUGUCACGUUCGACAGCCGAGUCAGUUCCAACUACAGUAUAGACUUCAAGAACGUUGUAGCGAAAUUUGUCAUCCGCCAAAAAAACGACCACUUCCGGUGAGCCACUUGCAUUUUCAAUUUGCUUCGUUAUAAAGCACAUUACUUCACCAGGUAUGUUUGUGGAGAGUCACACGGGACAGGGGUUUUCGGUAGUGUUGAAGAUGUACGCCCAUCGGUCACUUCCCCAGCUAAUGGUGACGGAGGUAUUCAUACAAAACGAUCAGAACAAGACGCUACAGGUUAACCUUAACAGUGGAACAGCAAAUGUGACAGACUUCGACGAUCUUGACAAAAAGCUUAGUGGGGAUAGGACAUCACCCUCAGAGGAUGUUGGGGUAUUUUAUGGAAGAGUUAAGGAGUUUGAGUAUUCCUGGACUCAGACCCAGGACGUUACAAUGGUUUAUUCACGGAUCCCCUCGGCUAUCUCUGUCGAUCCACAACAUAGAUUGGCAAGACUGUUUCUUCUAAGUGUUGACAGCAAUCGACAAGUCGCCAGGGAACGCUUUACAGAAGGUGUUGACCAUUUUCUUAACAACACACUUGAAUCUCAGCAUGUACAAUCUUGGCAGAAUUUAUGGAACAGCGGACGUAUCGACGUAACAGGAAACGACAAACUCGCCACGUUGACAUAUUCUUCUCUUUAUUACAUACUCAGUUCUCUUCCCCUGUCGGAGAAUCCAGAUUUCAUCGGCCUUUCUCCAGGGGAUCUCGCACAUGGACUAAUGUAUAAUGGACACGUGUUCUGGGACCAAGAAACCUGGAUGUAUCCGCCCAUACAGCUAUUCCACAGUCAGAUUGGUAAAGCCAUGAUAAAGACCAGAGUCAGGACCUUAGACAACGCCAAACACCAGGCGAUGAUGAGGGAUUUCAAUGGCGCCAUGUACCCCUGGGAGAGCGCAUUCAGUGGAUAUGACGUCACACCAAUUCCACCAUAUUUUCAGUUUGAGAAGCAUAUAACAGGCGAUAUAUCAUUCGCCGUCAGACAAUACAUCUACCUGACACGUGACACACAUUUCUUAAUCCACGAACGAGGGAAUGAAAUGAUAAGGGAUAUCGCAGAGUUCUGGGCAUCACGUGCAGUCUUUAAUAAAAGGACUGGUUUAUAUGAAAUAUAUAAUGUGAUGCCACCGGAUGAGGAACACCAACAAGUGAACAACUCGGUCUACACCAACACUGUGGCCAAGCUAAGCCUGGAGUUGCCAGAAUUUAUUGACGGUAUUUUGGGCCAGCAGUCUAAGGCUCUCUAUAAGGAGGUGGCCGACCGCCUGUACAUUCCAUUCAAUGAAACAGGACAGUACCACCCAGAAUACGAUGGAUACCCACUAGGUGAAAAGGUCAAACAAGCUGACGUUGUAUUGAUGGGGUUUCCUCUGAUGAUAGCCAUGCCCGAGGACGUGCGCAGAAACGAUCUCCAUAUUUAUGAAAAUGCAACACCGUCCGGACCUGCAAUGACUUGGGGAAUGUUUGCUAUAGGUUAUCUUGAGCUCAAUAACACCUCUGAUGCGGCCAGAUUAUUUGAGAAACAAGAAGGAAAUGUUGCCACUCCUUUUAAUGUGUGGACAGAAAACGCUGAUGGUACAGGAGCCGUCAACUUUAUCACAGGGAUGGGAGGAUUUCUACAGUCUCUGUUGUUCGGUUAUGGUGGAUUCCGGAUUUAUCCGGAAAGAAUCGAUUUCCACGGACGUCUUCCGCCUUCCACCACGUGCUUCAACAUCACUGGAGUGGAUUAUCUAGGCGGAUCUUUAGACUUCUCUUUCACAGAUGAUACAACCACUGUUAAACUAACAAAAGAAGCGAAACACUCAAUGAAUCUGAAAUACGAGGAAAAAACUGUUCCCUUGAUACUUAACAAACAACACGUGUUUAAGUCGAAGCCAGCUUCACUACAACCCGAUUUUCCACCACUUCCAACCAGAAGUACAGUCACUUCCGGUACUAAAAAGGCCACAAAUGUGGCUAAACAUACGUCGUCUUCAUCGGUUUCAGUAUUGGCGCUGACUCUUAUGACUAUAUCUCGAUAUAUGUUUUUGUAGGAUUUAAACGGGUGCAAGUAACGUGCUGAUCUUGGAGCAUGCCGGAACAUGUUAUAACAAAAAUUAAAGGAGCAGUUAUCGUUUAUGAAUUAUUACCCCCCAGCAAUAACUUAUCAGGAUCACAACAGAAACUAGGGUUGACACAAAAGUCGUGGGAAAUGAUAACCCUAUAUAUUUUUCAUGAAUAAUCAUAUUACUUAAUACCGAGGUGUUAUUAUUGUUCCAUUAAUUUAACAUUGAACAUUACAUUUUAGCAUGAAUGGAUUUUGAAAACAAGAUAAUUUAAAUGGGAAAAUUGUCUAUUAAAAUUAUUCAGAAAUACAAGAUCUAUUCACCCCCCCCCCACCCCCGGAAGCAUGAUAGGGAUGAAAGGAUUUACAUGUACAUGUAGGUAUAUAUAGGAAAAAGGCAAAACAACAACUUUAACGAUAAAAUGCUUAUAUUCAUGCACUGCAUUGUUAUAUUCAAUUUAUCAGCUUAGAAUGAUACAAUUAAAUAUCAGUUAAUUCAAUUAAUUAUUUGAAUAUACUUCAUAAUCAUGCUUGGAAUAUUGAAUGCACUUAACAUAGCUACAUGUACAUCUAGGCAGAUAUACACAAGAUCGCGAUUUUAGAAGUAUAAAUGUGUUAUAUACUGUAGAUUUGUAAAUCAUAGUUGUUUGUGAUGUUUGAAUUAUUUAUGCUAAAAUUGAAAUAUCUAGAUUCACUCUCUGUCUUAUGACAGUUAAUUGAUCAUAUGAUGUUUGACUUGGAUAAACGGUUGAUAUGUAUUUCUAACAAAUAUCUAAAACUGUGUUGAAUAAAAUUUAUAAUGCAAAUUUUCA